UAUGAUCCAUUGGAAUACGACAUCCUAGCAGCAAGGAGACGAACAAUGGCAGCAGCAGCACAGCGAUCUGCAGCUCAUGCUCUUGCAAACGUCAGUGAUAAAAGCGAAAAUAUGCAGAAGCUGCUAGCUGCCAUAACGCAGAAGCAAACAGCAGCUCCCGAUGCAUUCGGAACCGGUCGUCAUGAGCAAAAGUACAGUCCGUUAGAGCAGCAAUUUGUUGAGUUAGCCAGAAUUUCGACAGCCAAAGAUUCAAUUAUCGAGCAGCAGCGUGCUGAUAUAAAACUCGCCAAUGAAACGCUGGAGCAGAAAGAAAGGUCGCUAAGAAACAUGCAGGAAGACUUGUCGAAAAUGAUGAAAAGUUUCAGUGCAAAAGAAGAAGAAUUGAGUCUUAUGCGAAGCCUAGGCAAGGAUCAAGCUUUCGUGUGCGAUAAGAUGGACGAGCUGACAAAGAAACUGGUUGAGAGCGAGAAAAUUAUUGCCGCACAAAGAAAGGAAAUAGAAUUUUUGGUCAGAAAAAUUGCCAAACUGGAUGAUGAUCGAAUUCUGGCACAGAAACUGGGCACAUCUUCGGAAUCGGCUACAGAAUCAACCACAGGACCCCUUGGACUUUAUUGGGAGAGAGAAUGGACGCAAGCUGAUCAAAAGGAAGGUGAAAUGUCUUACGUAGAACUGAUGGAUGCUCUGGGUCGUGCAAGGGCGCGGAACGAAAUGUUGGAGAAUGAAGCGAUUAUGGCAGACGAAAAGUACCAGCAACUUAAUGAGGUAUAUGCCGCUGUCGUUGCCGAGAACACGAAGCUAAUGGCCAGGUUAGGCUGCUCGAAAUUACAAUUUAUGCAUAUUAGAAACUAA